GAGUGGAGGCGGGAUGAGGCAGGAGCGGGGCGGGUCGAGCCGCCAUCGCCUGCCCGCCCGCCGCGCCCCCUCGGAGCGGUGCAGAGGCGCGGGGGGUCCCGGUGCACCCGCCGGUGUUCGGUCCCUCCGUCCCCCCACAGCGGGACCGCUCGGGCGGCGGGUUUGUGUACGAGCAGUUGUUAUCCUGGUUAGGAGCCAGUUCUUCAUGUGUCAGAAUUCUUCAUUUUGAACUUUUAUUUAAAUAGUGCACCUAAGAAGAUGUCCAGUACAGAUCCCCUAAUAAAUACAGAUAAAAAGACUAUUAUGGGCCCUCAUGGAAUCAAUCGAGCUGUUCACCGCAUUUCCUUCUCUGACUGCCAGAAUGGAUUAGGAGUUAAAAUUAUUGGAGGUUAUCGGGCACAAACAGCAGAAGAUUAUGGGAUUUUUAUAAAGAGAAUUCUACCUGGAGGGGUUGCUGCUGUAGAUAGCCGUUUGCUCACUGGUGACCUCAUUUUGGAUGUCAAUGGAGAAAACUUGAUUGGAGUAACAAAUGAAAGGGCUGUUGACAUCCUGAGAACAGCAUCAGCAUCUAAUCACAUGUCUCUGCUCGUUGCAAGAGAUGAAGAAGCAAAGAAAGAAUUCCAUGACCUGAUGGAUAAGUAUGGCUCUCACAGUGACAACAACUCUGCAAGAAGUUCUCCAACACAUCUGUUAGCUGCAAAAUCUACAGAGAGCCUUUCCUCUGGGUCAUCCUCAAGGUCACAGAGUCCUCAGUUGCAUCUGAAGGAGAACACCACUACCAGCAGCAGAAAUAAUUCUGUCCCAGCACCAUCCCCAAAGCCUGCAAAGGAUAGUGCAUUUCAGAUUAUCUCUGUUUGCAAAGGAACAAGCCUAGGUUUGAAUAUUGUGGGAGGAAUUAACAGAAAUGAAGGGCCUUUGGUAUAUAUUCAAGAAAUUAUCCCUGGUGGUGAUUGUCAUAAGGAUGGACGAUUGAAGCCUGGAGAUCAACUUGUGUCCAUCAACAAGGAGUCCAUGAUUGGUGUCUCCUAUGAAGAGGCAAAAAGUAUAAUCAACAGAACAAAGAUGAGGUUGGAAAACUUCUGGGAGAUAGCUUUUAUUAGGCAAAAAAAUACUCCCAGUUAUCCAGAGAAUCUGCAGCGUCCUUUCAGCCUCUUGACAUCUUCUGUAGCAUAUGGAGAGCAACAGGCUCUGCCAUCCCCUAAUGGGAAGCUGGUUUCAACAUUCACUCCAGAUGCUAUGGAAACUGGAGUCAAGAUGGGAGAGCAAUCUCCAAUAACUCCUCCAGACAACAGUCCUGCUGAUGUGUCUGCCACGGUUGUUGCCCCCAGCCAGAAUGAUGAUUAUGAGCCUCGAGGAAGGAACUCGUCUAUUCGCCUCAAAACAGAAAAACUGGAGAGGGCACUGAAUUAUCUUGGGAUUCAGCUCACAGAUGAACAGCAGCUAGCCCUCAGGCAGCAACUUCAGAAAGAUUCUAAAGGAACAGUGUCUUUUGGAGAUUUCAUUGAAGUUUCAAGGAAUCUGUUCUCAAAUACAGCAGAUGAUGGCCACAAAUCUGUCACAUUUGGGGUCAGUGAAGUUUCCAGCUUACAGGAUCCACAGUUUGUAACCUGUAAUUCUUUGGAGGAUGACGUGGAAAGACUGAAGAAAGAAAGAAAUGAAGCUUUAAAAGAAAUUGGUAAAUUAAAGGAAGAAUUGUCUGAAUCUGUGAAUGCACAGAAACAGUUAACAGAGCAGCUACAAGCAGUCAAGCAAGAAGCCAAGGCAGCCGUGGAGGAGACGAGAGCCCUGCGGAGCCGGAUCCAUCUCGCAGAGGCUGCCCAGAGGCAGGCGCGGGGGAUGGAGAUGGACUACGAAGAAGUGAUUCGCCUGCUGGAAGCUGAAAUUGGAGAGCUGAAGGCUCAGCUCGCCGAUCACUCCGGCCAAAAUAAAGAUAACAUUCAAGACUUGAGAAAGAGAGUUACAGUGCUUGACUGCCAGCUGAGGAAAUCAGAAUCAGCAAGGAAGACCUUUGAAGUGGCUACUGAAAAAUUGCUACAGUUUGUAGAGGUUGUGCAUGAAAUACUUUCAGAUAACUCUACUUCCUCAACAGUUUUAAGUGACGGGAGAGCAACACUGUCCACUAAAGCUCUUCUCGCCCGGCUGGGAAGGGUCGGACCUGCCGCCACCACGGCUCUUGCAGCAGAAGCCAGAGACCUUGCCAAGUCUGUCCGUGCCAUUUUGGAAGUCGAUUGUCUGCCUUAUGGAUGGGAAGAGGCUUAUACAGCUGAUGGAAUCAAGUAUUUUAUCAACCACGUGACACAGACAACGUCCUGGAUCCAUCCCGUCACAAGCGCCCUGAGCUUGCUCUGCUCCGAGGAGGAGGAGGAUGGAAUGAGAGACCUGCCCGGGUCCAAGAGCUGAGGGCUUGAGGCUGCUGGCAGGGAGUAGUUAGUCUGGUCCCAGUUCCUUAGUGAGAAGAUGCCCAGGUUUUAAUCUACCUGCUUUCCAGUGUAAUGUAGUUGUACCUGGUGACGUUUCUCCCCUUCAAGCUGGAGGAGGUUCUGCCAUUUUUGACGUGGGUUUAUUGAUGGGGGUACAAAGGAUGCAGGUGGGUGCUGCAGGAGUCCUUAAUCUGUCCCACUUUGGUGUGCAGGGAUCAGUCUCACCUCAGGGCCCAGUCCAGUCUUUCCAUGACUUCCCCACUGACAUAAUUCACCUGACCUGAAGUGAAAUUUUCACGGCUUUGGCCAACAUGAGAUUAAGAUGGGACAGUUGGUGGUAGAUUCCAGCUGAUGCCUGACUGAGAUGCAAGGUCAGCUGGGGUUUUUGAACCAAUGCUGCUGAGUAUAAUGCAGAUGGCUUUACUGAAAAUCUUUAUUUUUAUGAAAGAAAUCUGCAAAUAAGUUCUGCUAAUAGAAAUUCAGCUAUUUGUUACAAGUAUUGGAGCUCUGAUGACUUUUAAAAUGAAUACUUAUUAUGAAUAGUUGUUGAGCUUUAGAAAAAUGAGUCUUUGAUAUCUUGUCAAGUGAAAAGAAAGUUUUUUGGUAGAGGACACCAUGCUCUUUCAACAAUAUGAGGCAAGAAUGAAAAUUAUUCUACUUUCGUGCUCUGCUAAACCGAUACAUGCACACAUCAAAUACUUCAGUGGAAGCUGUGAAGUUUCAAGUACAAUGAAACCUGUGAAACCACCUCCAGGAUCAGCAGAAAUCAGUCACCUCCUCAGAGCUGGUCUUUAAGUAGAACAAAAUCAUUUUGUACACACUGGUGAUGAUUUAAAGAGGAUAAAGAAAAUGACGGGGGGUGCUGGCGCAAGUUAAUGAGCAGGUUUGGGUUUACCUCAAUAGCACAGGAUAUUUUAAAUCUCAUUAUUGACAGCACAGUGUCUGAUGUCAGCUUUGUCAAAUGUAUGAUUCUGUGCUCUGUUUUUCUGGAGGCUCUUUAUGUAUGUGUGUGUGUGUAAUGGUGGGUGUUACUAAUGAAUGAAAGACAGGCCUGAACUCUGCAGAAGCACUGAUGGAUAUGCCAAAGGAAAACUGUCUCUGACCUUCAGUGCAAAAGGGAGAAGGGGACUGUGACAGUGUGAGGAAGGCACAGGCUGCAGUCACAUCUUUGAGGUCUGUAUUCAGUAGAUGUGUCACUGGAUUUAAGAAUCCUUGUCCUCUGAGGAAUGGAUAUAAAGCUCAGGCUUCCUCACAGUUCUGGUGCCUCAAACCACACACUCUGUCCUCAGCACUGCAGAGCUGUGCCAGGUCAGGCACGCUGGAGCUGCUGAUCCUUUUGAGUCAAAAUAAUACACCUUCUUUUGAAAUCCAAGUCAUGUCUCUGAAUAGCAGUGCAGGAAUCUCCUGCACUUGGUCUGAGAGCUGCAGACACAUCACCAAAUGUUCUUCCUGGAGGAACAGUGUGCAGCUCACAAAAGAGGCUUUUGCAGGCUUUGCUGGAAGUAGAUGUCAGGAUAUAUUGAAUAAGCAAAUAGCAAAAACUUGUUUUGUACUUUUAACUAGGUCAGACCCAAAUUAUCUGUGAAUCUACACAGGUGGUGUGGAUUAAGAAAAGCUUGCUCAGCAGACCCACAGUAACUUAUAUUUCUAAGAAAACUUCUCAUAACAAUAACACAUGAAUAUUUUAGCCAUUUUUUACCCCAGUGGCUCCUGCAGCUUCACAGCCUCCUUUGUGCUCCUGGAGAGCACAGUCCCAAGGGACAGAGCUUGUGCUUCAGGCUUGGAGACUCCAGAAGCAUUUUUAUUUAAAUCCCUUUUCUGCAAAUGGCACAGACUCAUGACCCACAGAGGACAUGUGAGGCUCUGAAUUCCUUGUGGUGUUUGCUGUAGCUGUGGAAAUCAUUUGGAUGCUUUAUGACAGCUCUUUCUGUUCGUACUUCCGUGACAUCCAGCCUGCACAGAGAUUCCAGUUUUCCAGUUCUGCUCAGGAGAGAUUGGAAUCUCCACUUGCCUCUUUGCAGCCUUGAUUUAUUCUGCUUGUGGCUUUGUGACAACUCACCGGGUGUUCCAAAGAGGAGAAGCUAUUUAGGGACGGGGGGCUGUGGAUCAGGGAGGCUGCAGGAGCAGAGACUUCACGGGGAGCAAUUUAGAGCUGUCCUUCUGUUGGCUCAGCUGGAGGGGGACAGCUCUGCACGUGCUGCCUGCCCUUCCCGGGGAGCUGGGAAUGAUCCCAGCCUGCUGUGCACCGGGGGGAUCUGCCUGCUCUGCUCCCUGUCCCCACCCACGGAUGAGAACGUGCCAGAAGCUGGAGCCUGUUUCCUCCCUCUCUCUUAUAAAUUUGCCUAGAAAUUAAAGGCGUUAGAAAUAGGUCUCUACAUCUCUCCAGCUACUCCAGUGAGCUUUUACCUCUCCACAUAAUCCACUAGUUCACAUUCUCCGUGGUGGGGAAUACAUUUUCAUACCUGCAAUCUCCAAAUGUUCUAAUCUAUUUUUGUACGCUGCCAUACACUGUUUCCUAGGUUAUUUCUCUUGAUCUCCCCUUGUCUCUUCCUUUCUAUGAAAUAGUUUUGUGAAAUUAUUUUGAUUAAACUGAACUGUGUAUUUGGAGAAAAUGGUUGUAGGGUAACUUGAACAGAAUUUGUAAAGAGCAGUUGUCAACAUAUGCAACGCUGUAAACAGCAACUUUUCAUUUUUAUUCCUGAAUAA